AUGCCUCCUAGACUGAACAUCCCACCCAUCACGCGUCUCCUCCUCAUUGCCCUUGUGGCGCAGUCUCUCCUGAGUUUUGCAAUCCGCUACCGGCAAUGGACGGAGGAGUCUGACGUCGUCGUUCCAUACCUCGUUCUAGUACCGCAACUAUCUCUGAUAUAUCCUUGGACCUUCCUCACCACAACUCUGGUGGAGAACAAUGUCUUCACGCUGGGAAUCUCUGGCGCUACAAUCUACUAUGGAGGGAGGUAUCUUGAGAGAGCGUGGACGUCAGCAGAGUUUGGAAAGUUUCUCCUAGUUGCUGCGCUGAUCCCUAAUUUGGCUUGCUUUGGGGCCUUGGUGAUUUUAUUUGCAAUUACUGGGGAUAUGAGCUGGACGUUAAUGACUAUCAACGGCACCAUAUCUUUACAAAUAUCCUUCCUUGUCGCCUUCUCACAACUCGUACCCGCACAUACCGUUACGCUGUUCCGCGGCAUUGUUUCACUCCGAGUUCCUCGAUUCCCCCUCCUCCAUAUCCUCGGCGUCUUUCUGCUAUCCCUCACUCCCAUCCUGAGUGCUGCCAGUUUCUUCCUGGUCACGAAUGCAUUCUUGACUAGCUGGACAUAUCUGCGGUUCUAUAAGCCUGCUUUCCCAGACCUCGAAACUUCCCAACCAGCUUCAUUGCGAGGAGAUGCUAGCGAAACUUUUGCUUUCGCCGAAUUCUUCCCCGACCCAGUGAAGCCAUUCGUUUCCGUCUUCUCGAACCAGGUUUAUAACAUCCUUGUGUCACUGCGCAUAUGUACACCGUUCUCAGCCGCAGACGUAUCAGCAUCUCGAGGUGAUACCUUUAUCCAGCGAGGUGCUCCAGGAGGGGCACGAGCAGAAGCAGAGAGGAGGCGGGCUUUGGCAUUGAAGGCUUUAGAUCAGAGGUUACACGCUGCGACAGCAGGACCUGCGAAGACUCAAACUCCACCGCCAACUCAAGCCGGGCCUAGUGUGCAAAUACAACCUCAGCCAAAUGUUCAGACACCAUCUGCCAUGCUUGGAGAGACGACUUAUGUACCUGAA